ACUGCGGCCUCUUCCGCCCUGCCUCACCGGGAGCGUCGGUACGUCGCCGUCGCCGCUGCUGCUGCCUGUCAACACCUGACAGCCCAGAGAGACACCCGAACCCGGGCUUUUAGUUUUUCACCUUUUUGUUCUGACAGUAAUCAUCUCACUGUCCUCCAGCAUGCCCAUGUACCAGGUAAAACCCGUCUGUGGGGGUGAAAUAAAGGUUGAUUUACCGACGUGCAUGUACAAGUUACCAAAUGUCCACGAGCAGCCGGGAGACAGCUGCACCUCUGAGCACGCGCUUCAGGUAACUCUUGACUAAUUUCAUUACGAAUCGGUAGAUUUUUGUUAAAUUUUUGUAUUAAUAUUCCAUUAUCAUUUUCACCCCAUGUUUAAUUCCCACAGCACGUUUUGGUCACGUAUUCUGGCAUGGUGUUGUUGCUCGACGUGUUAGCAUUAGCUAGCUUAGCCAAGCUAGCCGGUGUUAUGACGAGUUUUGCUGCUUUGCCAAAAAAAGCUACUGUAGCGUGAGUCGAUUGUAAACGGUGUUGGUUUGCAUUAAUUGAUGAAAAAAGUGAAAGUCAACCACAAGAAUACGACAGCUUUGCUUUUUCGUAAGAUAUUAGUUAUAAUUUAUCUCAAUUAAAUCAAUACCCUGUUAAAUAAUUUUGCCACGUCAGGAUUACCCUAGGUGGCACCGCUAACCAAUGAAAUUUCAUGUUCAGAGAGUUGGCAGUAUAUUUGUAUUUAUUAAAAAACAUUGUAUUAUUAGUAUACAAAAAAUCCUAUGUUAGUUUAAUGUGCUGGAAUAAGCUUCCCGAUGUUGAUUUACACCCAGGAUUGUGGCUGUACGCAUGCGCAAUGCGACUCAGGGACACACCUCGAUAGAAAGCACUUUUCGCUAUAACACCGGCUAACUUGGCGUGUCAGUUAAAUGGGUACUUUCACUUCUGGCUGAUGCAAUAAUGACUUAAUGACCCUGCAACACGUUUAAAUUAUCAAAAACAAACUAUUAAAAGCUUUGAACUAAAUAAAUUAUUCGAUUCUGAAAUUGAAACUCUAAAUUAACCAUUUAGGUGCUUAUCAUGAUGAUUGGGCUGAACAGAAGAAACAAAUGUGACAGUGAAAUUUGCAAGUAAUUACACUUGAUAGAGGAACAUUAUAUUUUCUGUGACAGAGUACUGGUCUAACAGCUGGAUUGACAUGUUAUUAUUCGAGCUUUACUGCAGAAAAGUACAUUAAUUUGUCUAAAAUAAUAAUGCAACUCUCUAACAUGCAGUAUAAUUGUACAUCUUAAUGCAAGCACUUGUCAGGUAUAUUUGAAGCCUAAUUUGAUGGUGCAUGGCAGUAACUCUCUAUCUACGGUCGUGUCCUUGAAGAUUUCCAUGUUUCUUCAUACGUGUGUUUAGGCCCAUCUCAAGACUGGGAGGUUGUUAAAUGUAUUGACAGUACUUUCAAAAUGCAAAUGUACAAGGAGAGGCUAGUUGUUUCCGUGUUGCUGGGAUGUGCCUGAAAGGUUUAAACUGUCAAUUCCCAUUCGUGGUUUUCGACCUCAUUAAGCUAUUCUCUCUUCCUCUCCGCAGAAUGGCGAGGUGGACCCGGCCGUCAGGGCUCUGGAGGCACGACAAGAUGAGAUCAUGAGGAAACUGUACGAGCUGAAAGCCGCCGUGGAGGGCCUGGCCAAGACGGUCACCACACCGGACGCAGACUUGGACCUGACAGUCAGCAGCAGCCUCUCCUCCCAAAGCACUACAACCUUCAAGGGGAUCGCAGACCUGGACGCGGUGCUAGGCAAGGUGAGAAACGAGGAAGAGUGUCGCAGUUUCCAUCAGAAAUGUGGGUGUGACUGAAAAUGGCUGUCACCAAAACUGUGACAGUUCAGCUGGGGACAAAAACAAAAGGUGUUGACUUAAGAUUGAAUACUGAGGACAGAGUGUUGUUGUAGGAGGCGCACUGAUGAGAACUCAACCCAACAAUUUAGCAAAAAUUAAUUUAAUUGCAUACAAAGAUGAACAAAAAAAGCCUGAAAUAAGUUUGUUUUCUUGCACCAGAAUAAUCAAAACAAACAUUUGUUUUUGUAGCAGCAGCUCCAUCUCACCUUGAGGUUUUUUUUAAUACUCAAAACAUUAAAAGACAAUUUUACAGGAAAAUUUAGGCAAUCCCGACACACAGUCGUCAUUUUACUUUUUGCAUCCGACACACUUCAAACUUCUUUCUCUCCCAGUCGCUGCAAAAACAGAGUUAACCUGAUCAAACCCGUCACGCCUGCCUGUCAUUACAAGUUAUAAAAACUUCUCCUCAUGCUUGUGUUGGAAUUCGCUUCGAAUAAAAAUGUGGGUGUGUACAGAACCUAACCUGUUUGUGCAGACUGUUUCGACCUUGUUGUUGUUACUCUUCAUUUAUCUUGGAUGUUGGGUCAUUUUUUUGUCUCCAGGACCCCGGCGCUCUCCGUGACAUCGUCAUAAACGCCAACCCCGCGCAGCCCCCUCUGACCCUGCUGGUGCUCCACAGCCUGCUCUGCCAACGCUACCGGGUGCUCUCAAAUGUCCACGUCCACUCCUCGGUCAGCAGCGUGCCGCCGCAGCUCCUGUCGUGCCUCGGCCCACGCCAUGCGGACAGCUACGCCCGCCGCUUGUUCCAGCUGGGCUUCACUCUCAUAUGGAAAGAUGGUGAGGCUCGAACGAGGAGCGAGAAAACAAAGCGCUGAUGUGUUAUCCACCUCUGCAGUUAUUAUGUCGGUGCUGAUGAAACAACAAGCUCGCUGUUUAGUUUGGAUGUAAUUUCUUGUGAAAGAGUGGAGGUGGCCCGCUACUUGUUUCUUCUAAGACUAGAGAGCUAAUUACAACACCUUUCACACUGCCAAGGUAAUCAUAACAAACACUGAACUCAGAUAUCAGGCUAUUAAAGUAGAGAGCAGGAACAUUUACCCAGACCCUCCAAAGGGGAUUAUAAUUUAGUCAAUUAAUUCAGUAAACAUAAAAAAAAAGGUAGAUGGCCUUCUCCAGGUCGGAGGGGCGGUCCUGCCUCAAGUGGAGGAGUUCAAGUAUCUCGGGAUCUUGUUCACGAGUGAGGGAAGGAAGGACAGGAGAUCGACAGGCGGAUCGGAGCGGCGUCAGCACCGAUCAGUCAUGGAACCGGUUGAUACCGGUCGAUCUACGUGCCGAUCCUCACCUGUGGCCAUGAACUUUGGGUAAUGACCGAAAGAACAAGAUCGCGGAUACGAGCGGCCGAAAUGGGUUUCCUUCGCAGCAGGGUGGCCGGCUCAGCCUUAGAGAUAGGGUAAGGAGCUCGGACACUCAGGAGGCGCUCAGAGUAGAACCGCUGCUCCUCCACGUCGAGAGGAGUCAGCUGAGGAUGCCUCCCAUUAGAGGUGUUCCAGACAUGUCCCACUGGGAGGAGACCUCGUGGCCGGCCCAGGACCAGGUGGAGGGAUUAUAUCUCUCGCCUGGCCUGGGAGCGCCUGGGAAUCCCCCCAGAGGAGCUGGUGGAAGUGGCUGGGGUGAGGGCUGUCUGGGCUUCUCUCCUGAAGCUGCUGCCCCUGCGACCCGGAUCUGGAUAAACAGAAAGAAAAUGACACUUUGAAAGGAGGGCCAGGGAGUCCUUUCUCUGCAUGACUAACAGAAUAGUUGUUUUUUACAUUUGGUGACUGGAAUUGCUCGGUUGAAUUUUUUGCAAAAAUGUUAAAAAAGCAGAUUGAUUUUCUGCAAAACAGAGAAAAAGAUUCACUGAUUUGUUAGAAACAAGCUUCACAUUUGUGAUUCACUAGCUGAAAAACUGCUCGAUUCUUUCACUGACUUUGACCCUUGACCUGUUUUCAGUCCCCAAACUGCAGAUGAAGUUCAGCGUCCAGAGCAUGUGUCCCAUCGAAGGCGAAGCCAACGUAGCACGCUUCCUCUUCAAGCUACUGGCCCUGUAUCCCAGCGACCCCGCCGCCGCCACGAUGGUGGACAACUGGGUGGACACGGCGUUCUUCCAGCUGGCAGAAGGCAGCACCAAGGAGCGCGCCGCCGUCCUGAGGGCCCUCAACUCCGCUCUGGGCCGCAACCCCUGGCUCGCCGGGUCCGAGUUCUCCCUGGCGGACGUCGCCUGCUACUGCUGCGUGCUACAAAGCGGGUCGGCCUCUUCGGCGCCUGCCAACGUCCAGCGCUGGAUUAAGUCCUGUGAGAAUCUGGGACACUUUGGUCCUGCCAAACUGCUCCUGAAGUGACCCGGGCUGAACCGGCAGGACCAGACAAAGUGAGAGAAGGGCAUUAGAGUAAGAAACAUGUCCGCCGUGUCUGGAACAGCUUCUGAUGCUUCCCUCCUUGCUGUAGAGAGUUACCGAAUCCUAACAGAGACUCAGCUGGUUCAAGCGUUUGUCUCUUCUAUGCUGCUUUUGUAUAACAAAGAGAAUCUAAUACCUUUAUUUUGAAAGGGAGGAAGCAUAAGAGGACUGUGAGGACAAGGGCUCAGUGAUGGAUUUAAUCAAAGUACUGACAGGAGUUCUCUAACACACACACUGUACACCUUCCACCCACUUUGUGCCUCAAAUGAUCCUGUUCUGUCUGUCUGUGUGAGUGUGUGUAAGGGGGGGGCGGGGUUAAUGUGUGGUCGAGGGUAUUACUUGGCGCUCUCUGAGGUAAUACUUUGUACCAUUUCUUUUUCUGAACUCAUUAAAACUCAAACUUUGGGUCAAACUUUGAA